AUGCCUAGAGACCCUUUGAUUGGUAUUGUUGGCAAACCGUCGAGUGGUAAGUCGACCACGUUGAACUCGCUGACCGAUGCUAAUGCCAAAAUUGGAUCCUUUCCGUUCACAACUAUAGAGCCAAACAGGGCUACAGGUUACUUGAAAAUAGACUGUGCGUGCUCCAGAUAUGGGAAAGAGGAGCUAUGCAAACCUAACUACGGCUGGUGUGAAAAUGGUAGUAGACAUGUGCCUAUUGACUUGUUGGAUGUUGCAGGUCUAAUUCCUGGUGCUUCUCAAGGAUUGGGUUUAGGUAACAAGUUUUUGGAUGAUUUGAGACAGGCUGAUGCUUUGAUUCACGUUGUCGAUGUUUCCGGUACAACUAACGCAGAAGGCAAAGCCACAAGAGGAUACGACCCUUUGAAGGAUAUUGAGUGGUUGCAGGAUGAAAUCCGAUUGUGGAUUGAAGGUAACUUGAAUAAAAGGUGGGGGUCCAUAGUAAGACGACAUACCUCCACCAAAUCAAGUAUUGUAGAAACUCUCAGAGCACAGUUUGGUGGUUAUGGUGCCAACGCCACUUUGGUUAGGGAGGCCAUUGAUUCGAUUGAAAACUUACCACCUUUAGAAGAAUGGGAUAACGAGUGGAUUACCACUGUUAUCAAAGCUUUUAUGAGAUUCAAGUUUCCUACUGUAUUAGCUUUGAACAAGAUCGAUCAUCCAGAUGCAGACAAAAAUGUUUCCAAAAUUCUACUCAAAUACCCAGAUACAAGAGCGGUUCUUACAAGUGCUAUAACGGAGAUCUUCUUAAGAAAGCUAAAGAAGCAGAACUAUAUUCAGUACGAGGAAGGGACUGAGUUUGUUGAUACAUUAGAGGAUUUGGGGCCAGACUGUGGAUUGAAACCGCUGGAUGAGAAAUUGACAGAAAGACUAGAAGAUAUUAAAGAUCUAGUUCUUUACCGUUUUGGCUCCACAGGUGUUGUUCAAGUUCUUCAGGAAGCUGCCAACGUACUAGACUUAGUGCCUGUAUUUACAGUUAGAAAUAUUAACACAUUCACGGGUAACAGUGGGUCCAAUGUUUUUAGGGACUGCAUGCUAUUCAAAAGAGGAACAAAAGUUGGUUCCGUUGCCAGAAGUAUUAUGGGAGAGGUUACGAUAGCAGCCAUUGAAGGUGUUAGUGGUAAGAGAGUCUCUCCAGACGACACGAUAGACAAUAAUAAAAACGAUAUAUUAACUUUCAAGGUGGCUCCUGGAGGUGUGAGCAGUGAGAAGAAGGAGUGA